UCACGUGAUCAGAGAUUGCGAAAAAUGGGAGAGAGGAACUUGCCAACAGCCAGAGAAGAACAACAAGGAGUUACUUGAGACAGGGAGGUAAUAAGUGGCUGCUCUUCAGAAUUCCUCCAGCAAGAAAUUGUUUUGAUACUUUUCAAGGAAGGAGAUCUGAGAAAUAGGAGAGAGGCCUCUACCUUUGGCUGGGAUUAAAAACGAGAGUCAUUUAUUUGGUAGGCUUUCUGCCACCAUGAAGACCUGGCUGAUCCUUCUGUGUUUGGCCAUUAUGACCAUAUCAAGUCUCCAGCAGGUUGCAUCCAGAAGAGAAACAAUUAAUGAGAGGACUGAAGAACUGAAAGUAGUCAAAUGCCAGGAUGAAACCAGAUGGCAGAGGUUCUGGUCAUGGUUUUUGAGAAAGGAAAAGACACCUUGCAUCAAAGAAGAUAAUAGAAAUGAUAUAACACCCACUCCCUUUCAAGACACUGAGAGAAGUGAAGAAACUGUGAAUCCAGAUACUGGUAUCAACUUUGACAAUGACGGACAGUUUGGGGAGAAGAACUUGGAUUAUCAGGUGACUUCAGAUGAGAUUACACAAGGACCAAUACACAAUGAAAAUGGAGAAAAUGGAGAAGAUGAUAUCGAUCCGGAACUUUCAAAUGGCAAAAAAGAAUCUGCUGAGGUUCCAACAGAAGUACCAACCACAAUAAAUACUACCCCCAUUCCCACAGUGUCUGACACCAGUUGUCCACCCAAUUCAUGCUCACAGCGCUGGAAACCAUGGCCUUCAUGUGCUCAAUCCACUCCAGAAGAUGAACAGAAGCUGGCUGAGGCUCUAUCCAGAUUUUCGCUUGGGUUCUAUAAAAUAGCCGUCCAGAAAAAUGAUGGUAACAUGGUUUUCUCCCCCCUUAGCAUCAUAACAACGCUUUCCAAUCUCCUAUUAGGAGCCUGUGAUGAAACCAAAGAUCGUCUUGAGAGUUUGCUGUUCUAUCCUAAAGAAUUUGCAUGUGUGCAUAGAGCCUUGAAAGUAUUUGGGAAAUCCAAAGCCCUGACUUCAGCCAAUGCAAUUUUUUACCAACCGGCGCUUAAGAUGGGCAGUGGAUUUCAUAAUCUAACAAGUACAUUCUAUCAAACCAAUCUGAAGCCCCUUAGUAACAACACCUACCAGGCAGUGACUGAUAUCAACUCAUGGGUGAGUGAACGUACUGGUAACAAGAUCAAGAAACUCUUGGAUGACCUAGAUCCUGAUACCCAAAUGGUGCUCCUCAACGCUGUCUACUUCCACUCCAAAUGGAAAACUAUAUUUAGAAAAAAGAAUACAAUCCUUGAAGAAUUCUACCUUCCUGGUCUCCCUUCCAUCAAGGUACCCAUGAUGACCAGUAAGAAAUAUCCAGUGGCUUCCUACUUCGACUACAAUUUGCAGGCUAAGGUUGGCCGGUUUCAGCUGCAUGACAAUUUGAGUUUGGUGAUCCUCAUCCCUCGCUCCCAGUUCAUAAGCCUCUCUGAGAUAGAGGAACGUCUCACUGAAACAACCAUCAUGUCUGCCAUGAACAUCCUGGAGGCCUUGCCUUUGAAGCCAACAAUAGUAACUCUACCAAAAUUUAAGCUGGAAUCAUCUCAGGAUCUUACCGAAAUCAUUGGAGAAAUGGAUUUUGGCCUUUUCUUUGAUGCCGAUUUCUGUGGGAUAACUCCGGAUGAAUCAGUAGCCGUGUCCAGUGCCAAGCACAAGGCUGUCCUAGAAGUCUCGGAGGAGGGAGUGGAGGCAGCUGCCACAACAGCCAUCAAUUUAGCACGUACAGCCACAGUCUUUGAAGUGCAACAGCCGUUCAUCUUUUUGUUUUUGAGGGAUCAUAGGGUCCCAGUCUUUCUGGGACGUGUCACCAACCCACUGGCAUCAUAACUUUUCCAUUUCCUCCCAACUUCCAUUAAUGGGACAAAGCCAGCUUGCAGAUUGCCCUAGCUAGCUCAACCUGAAAAAUAUAAUCAGGAGGCUUGUGGAACUGUGACUCCAUGGAGCACAUUUAUUUAGUCUCUUCCAUUAAAAGGUUCUUUUAUCUUUUCAGGUUAUCUUUUUUUAAAAAGAUCUGUUCCUUGCUUCUGGGUGUGUUUUGUAUAUCCUUUUGCAUCUAUGAGCCCAAGAGAAAUCCAAACUCAUUUAUGCCAGGCAUGAAGUAAAUGAGAGGGGCUCCACCAUCUCUGUAUGUUUUACCCCUUCUGUCCUUUUUGGUCUUCUAAGAAAUAAAAUAUAAUUGUAUUGUC